AUGCCUCUCUGCAACCCCGAAGAAGCCGCUCCUAAGGUCCUCGUGCCCGAGAAGCUCUCGCCUGAUGGCUUGGUUUUGUUGCGGAGCUCCCUCGAUGUGGACGAGCGCAAGGGUCUCACCGCGGACCAGCUGCUGGAGAUCAUCCCAAACUACGAUGCGCUGCUUGUCCGCUCUGAGACCAAGGUCACUGCGACUGUGCUUCGAGCUGCUCGACGUUUGAAAGUGGUUGCUCGCGCCGGCGUCGGCGUUGACAAUGUUGAUGUCGAGGAAGCUACAAAGCUUGGAAUUGUGGUGGUCAAUUCACCAUCCGGCAACAUUGGCGCCGCUGCAGAGCAUACGAUCGCAUUGAUGAUGUCAAUGAGCAGGAAGAUCCCCGAGGCUUGUGCUAGUUUGAAGGAUGGAAAGUGGGAGCGCAGUCAAUUUGUCGGCGUGGAAGUCAAGGGCAAGAUACUGGGCAUCAUAGGUCUGGGAAAAGUGGGAUUGACCGUGGCCAGACUGGCCAAGGGACUCGGCAUGACUGUCAAUGCCUUGGACCCGUAUGCUUCCCCAGCCGUGGCAGGGUCAGCAUCUGUUAACCUUGUCGCCUCGCUGCCGGAGCUCCUCUCGUCCGCUGAUUUCCUGACCAUCCAUACACCCCUGAUUGCAUCAACUCGUGGAAUGAUAGGCCAAGCCGAAUUGGCCCAGAUGAAGCCCGGUGCUCGCAUACUGAACGUGGCACGAGGUGGAACGAUUGACGAAGAAGCCCUGCUGACCGCUCUUGAUUCAGGCCAUCUGGCAGGCGCUGCUGUGGAUGUAUUCACCUCGGAGCCACCCGCCAUUGGUUCAACUGCAGCAAGCCUCAUAGCUCAUCCGAGGGCAGUGGUGACACCGCACCUCGGUGCAUCCACAGUGGAGGCCCAGGAAAAUGUCUCGGUGGAUGUCUGCGAGCAAGUACUAGAGAUUCUGCAGGGCUCACUGCCUCGCAGCGCCGUCAACGCACCUCUCAUCCUGCCAGAAGAGUACCAAAAACUGCAGCCGUUUGUUCGUCUGGUUGAAAAGAUGGGCAGUCUCUACACCCAGCACUACGCUACUCUGCCGGGAGGAUCUAUGACCCGGAACACCUUCGACCUCAUCUACCAAGGCGAGAUUGCUAGUAUCAACAAUACAAAACCGCUGUUCGCUGCGCUGAUAAAGGGUCUUAUGGCACCAAUCAGUAGCUCGGAAGGUAUCAACAUCAACAUUGUCAAUGCCGAGUUGGUGGCUCGCGAACGUGGGAUCUUCGUUUCCGAGCAGCAUUCUCGUGAUCCGGCAGACCAUUCUUCCUACUCUUCUUUGGUCACUCUUGUUGCUCGACCGCCAUCUCGAACUUCAUCGAGAGCGCCUGCUUCAGUGGAGACAGCGACUGGAUCAAAACAGGCAAAAAGCCAGCGCAUAAUAUCAGGCACUUGCUCCGGUGAUAGUCUUCUGAUUACUCGUCUCGGAAGAUUUGAAGCUUCUUUCGAGCCCGAGGGGACUCUUCUCAUCUGCGAAAACUAUGAUUCCCCGGGAAAGAUUGGUGUUGUGGGAAGCAUCCUUGGUCAAGCCGGUGUGAACAUCAACUUCAUGACAGUAGCACCCGUAUCGCCUAAGCUGGGCUUCGGUGAUUUGGACAUGAAACUCAGCAAAGAUGGACAUACAGAUCUCGCGGCGAAGGACGAGAGAUCUUCGCUGCAGGAGGCUCUGAUGAUCCUCGGGAUCGAUGGCGGAGUUCCACCGCAUGUUACUGGAGAUCUGGUCAAGGAAGGUGGAGUCUUGACUGCCUGCGCUGUCACACUCUAA